AUGAUACUUGUGUUUAUUUUGAUAUGUACUCUCCACUCAUCUCAAGGCCUCAACUGGGCUUGGCGAAAGCUUCCAUGUGAUGUGACACUGUCCAACAGCUCCGUCGCCUUGGACUGUUCGGGAAGAUCUUUGAAACAAAUUCCGAAAAACCUGAUCUGGAAUACAACUGAACUAGACUUUGCAGAUAAUAAAAUAAGAUACCUCCCAAAGGAUGCCUUCUGGAAUCUGACUAAUGUUACAUGCAUAAACCUCAGAAAGAAUCAGAUUGAAAAAUGCCUUGAAAAAGAUCAUGGGAUUUUUUCAAAAUUGGCUAAACUGAAGAAUUUGCUACUCGAUGAUAAUAUGAUUACAGCAUUUCCAAGAGACCUCCCUCCUGGACUGCAAAGGCUGAGCCUCAAUUCCAACCGUAUCAAGACAAUUGGACCAUCAGAUUUUGCUGGAACAAAGAAACUCAAAGUUUUGUCAUUAAACAGGAACUGCUAUCAUAAUGUCAAUAUAGAACUGACAAUUCACAAUGAAACAUUUCAACAAUUAAAUCUAACUGAGCUAGAACUGUCCAAAAAUGGACUAAAAAAAAUACCAUCUGCUUUACCCAGAUCCCUCCGCAAACUUUCACUUCUCCUAAAUAGGAUUGACUGUGUUCAUGCCUCUGACCUGAACAGCCUAACAAACCUGAGAGUUCUUGAUUUAUCUGGAAACUGCCCUUUUUGUUUCACCGCUCCAUUCCCAUGCACUACCUGUCAGACAAAUAAUAACGCUCUACAGAUUCAUCCAAAUGCUUUUAGUGAACUAUCCAAACUACAAGACCUACGACUGUCUGGAAAUUCUUUACAAACGAUCAACACAUCAUGGUUCCGGAACCUUACUAUGUUAAAGUAUUUGUAUCUUUCCUUCAACUCAUUGAUAAGUGAAUUUGAAAGAGGACAAUUCUUCAGUGUCCUACCGCAAUUGGAAGUUGUAGAUUUCUCAUACAAUAAUCCGUCUCAAACAUUUUACCCAAGAUUGAAACUCUCGAAAGGUUUUGCUAGUUUGGAAUCACUACAAACACUUCACCUAGAAGGCUAUAUUUUCCAUAAUCUUUGUGAGGAAGAUCUCCAACCUCUCUUUGGUUUGAGAAACCUAUCCGUUCUAAACUUGGGAGUCAACUUUCUCCAACAUGUCAAUCUAUCAGUGUUCAAGAACUUUCACAACCUCUCUUUGAUUUCAUUGAUUGACAACAGACUAACAUUCACAAGUCCUAUUUGGAGACAGGAGUGCAGAAGUGAUGUUCUUUCUGAUGACAAUGAAGGAGACCGCCGUGAAGGCCCCUACAUUCACACAAAUGAACAGUUCCGCCAUUAUCCUCCAUUUACCAAAGCCGAAUGUCUGGCAACAGGACCAGUUUUGGACCUCAGCAGGAACAACAUUUACCAUAUCAAUCCAAAUUUCUUCACAGGAGCAGAGAACAUAACUUGCCUCAAUCUUUCCUCCAACUUCAUUGCUUCCUAUUUCAAUGGUACAGAGUUUACUCACUUUCCCAAGCUAAAGUACCUAGAUUUGUCUCACAACAGAGUCUACAUGUGUUUGGAUUCUGCUUUAAAUGAACUGAAAGAAUUAGAAGUUUUGGAUUUAAGUCACAACAAACAUUACUUUGAGGUGGCGGGUGUCAGGAACAGUCUGACGUUUCUGGAAAACCUUCAGUUCCUCAAAGUGCUCAAUCUCAGUUGGAAUGAGAUUAAUUCGCUAACCAACAAGACUCUGAAGAGCGACUCGCUGAAGGAACUGCAGUUUCAAGCCAAUCGACUGGAUAUAAUGUGGAAGAAGGACCGUGGAUUCAAAGGUCUUUUUAAGUCUCUCUUAAACCUAACUCACCUUGAUAUAUCACUUAACAAGCUUAAUGAAAUACCAGAUGAUAUAUUCAGCUUUUUUCCAAAGACAAUAAAAUAUCUUAGCAUGAGCAGGAACACACUUGCAGAUUUUGAGUGGGAACAGCUCAAAUAUUUACCCCAGUUAGAGACUCUGGAUCUAAGUAAGAACAAACUCAGUAAAGCCACUAGAAAACUAUCAAAAUAUACAAGUUCGUUGAAGGUCUUAGACUUGAGCCAUAAUCUGAUCUUCAAGUUGCAUCACAGCUUUCUCAAAGAUGUCAAAAGCCUGCUGAUCCUCAGUCUUGCUUUCAACCGCUUGCAGCACAUCAGCGACGCAUCCUUCCAGACAGGUAGCGAUCACUACCUACGCAUACUAAACCUGCAUAGAAACCCUAUCCACUGCACCUGUGACCUUCUGGACUUCAUUCUCUGGUUAGAGAAAAGUGAGACAGUCCUUCCUCAUCUAGCAACGGACGUUUUGUGUGACCUUCCGGAAUCCAAAAGGGGACAUCCAAUGGUCAGUCUGGACUUUAAAAACGCCUGCAUCAACAACAGUAUUGCUCAAAUCCUAUAUGUACUCACCUCAUCCAUCAUCACUGUCAUGAUGUCUACAACGAUCAUGAUACAUGUGUUCUACUGGGACAUAUCAUACAUUUAUAGUUUCUGGAGAGCCAAAAUAAGAAGUUAUUACUUGAAGACGAAUGACUGCACUUAUGAUGCCUUUGUAAUGUAUGACACCAAUGAUCCGAUGGUGGCAGAAUGGGUACUGAACCACUUGUGUUUUGAACUGGAAGAUAGAGGAAGACGAGUUCGUCCACUCUGUCUGGCGGAAAGAGAUUGGACUCCUGGUAUACCGAUCAUGGAUAACCUGAACAAGAGUGUAAACCAGAGUAGGAAGACGAUAUUUGUGCUGACGGAGGGAUUUGUUCACAGUGGGAUUUUCAUGAUGGCAGCUUUCCUAGCACAACAAAGGCUGCUGGAAGAGGGCGUGGAUGUGAUGGUGCUGGUCUUGUUGGAACCCGUUCUUCGGCAGUCGAGAAUCCUAAACUUGCGGCGCUGCCUGUGUGCACAUAGUGUGCUGGAGUGGCCCAGGAACCCAGCGGCAGAAGGCUUUUUCUGGCAGAGUCUGAGAAACGCAGUCAGGUUUGAGAGUCAAGGUGUGCAAAGUAAAAUGUUUACAAAUUACUUCAGUGGAUGA